GAAGCGCACAGAUUACUAUUUGCGCUACUGCAACUGCCCAUUGCUAAACAUCGAUCUAUAUGAAAAAUAAAAGACCAGAUAGAGACUUUUAUCAUCAUCCACGGUACAAAACAACCACCGAAGAUUACGGGAAUUCUCGUAGUGUCAGAACUGGUCGAACUAUCCCUGUUGCUUCGACAGAACCACAAAGCCACCAGAAAGAUAGAAUUGAUUCUGUACAUACACACCAUUCCCAACAAAAGUCUCUUGUUAAUGAAACCAAAAACACUCGCUACACUCAGGAUUGUAAAAAUACGAACAGGCUGAGAUCUGAUGGUUUCACUCAUGUGUCAAAUUUAAAUUCCAGUUCCAUUGAUGCUAAUACGAAACCGGUCGUUAGCACUUCACUAAAUUUCAGCGACUCCAGAUCCGUCAGUACCAAUAGACAAUUUGCUUCAAAACCACGUCAAGAAUCUUUUGCUACGAGUCCCAAUGUACAGAGUUCACGUGUGCUCACGAAUACCUCCGUAGAUUUGACAUCAGAAAAUUCUACAGAAAAACAUGGUGGACUUAUCCUUCUACCGAAAGAUGUGGACAUAUUUCAACAAAGUACUCAAAACUCAAAGAGUUUACGACGUGAGGCAGUUAGAUCUGAUUCAACUAAACCAGUCGUUGUUGUCCGUCCAAGCUUCUCUAAUCCAUACAAUCAUUCCAGAACUACUAGUACUAGAUUGGAUUCACAUGGAGUUGACGAGCCAAAAUGUAUCAGUCAAUGUAAACAGAAAUCAGACAAUGAUAUGAGUCCACACUGUCUCGCCAGUGACGCUUCUACUGAAUCGCCUACCACUGUUUUACCUGUCCCAUGGACAGACGCUGCAAAGGCUGCUUUCUAUCAGUUUUUCAAAACUCAAACCAAAUUUAGUUCAUCUUCGUCUCUUCAAGCCGAAAGACCAUCCUCAACGCAUCAUUUCGCUAGUCAACCGACUUGUUUAUCUCCAGGAUCAACAAUCAUCCAGCCUCCAAACGAAAUGAUUGCAUCAACUAUGCAACAAAUUGUUCAACUUGAUGCUACUCUAUCAGCUCUACUCAUUCCACCUGGUCUAUGUGCUCAAUCAAUGGUGUUGUUCGAACCAUUACAAUCGGAUCCUGAAUUAGGAAGAGAAUGGACGGAAUCAGAAGCAUUGUUUUUACGUUGGUGGGGUACAGUGAAGCGACUUCGUGAUAGUUUAUUUUUACUAUUUGAAAGUGUAAUAGUUGCAGAUUUGGACUUCUGUAAUACGGCACAUGUUGAACAAGGUAUGUGGAAGUCGGUAUUUUACACUGUCUUGGAAUCACUUCGUUCAUGGAUCGAAAAUCCACAAUCUACACAGUUAAUUCCUAAACUAGAUAAAAAUCCUGAGACUAUAAAACUUCUCCAAAGUCAAUUAGUUAACCUUAUUCAAAAAAUUUGCUUAUCUGAAGUGAUUGAUUCUGGAUCAAAUCAAUUAGCCUCUCUACUUGAACGUAUACAAAGCAUACAUCAUAUUCAACUUGGUCCAUUAUUAUCAGAUGGUAGACCACCUCCAGAAACAAAAUCAAGAACUCGACGAUUAGUCUAUUUAAGUGCUCAAAAAUUAAUGCUAUUCCUUGGCGAUUUAGCUCGUUAUAGAGAAACUUUAGUUGGUGAACGAAAUUUUGGUAAAGCACGAAACUGGUAUCAAAAAGCUCAAUUAUUAGUGCCGAAAAAUGGUCGGUCAUAUAAUCAAUUAGCUGUUUUAGCUUUGUAUACUUCCAGGCAUUUGGAUGCAAUGUUCUACUAUAUGCGUACUCUUGCUGCGAGUAAUCCAUUUGCGACGGCAUCACAGAGUUUGGCGGCUUUAUUUAAUGAAAUACGACCACGUGCUCAAAACAUGAUUAUGCAGUUUCAGAAACCGAAAACUGAAUCAGUUCAACCUCAUUGUUCUGGAUUUAGUUCACAUAAUCCAAGAUUUCAACGUGCUGAAAUAUGGAUUCAUCCAAUUGAUGGUCAGACUACUGUUAUUCAAGGUGGACGACGUUUGAUGCAUUCAAAUAUCAAACCAAUUGUUGAUGAAAGCAACAAUAUUCAAGGGAAAUCAAUUCAAAAAUUAAAUACAUCAACUCCUGAACUUGAAGUUGACAAUGAAGAUGAAGAUGAUGAAGAGGCACAGGCAGAAGCUGAAGAAUAUGCUAAUAUUUCUUUGAUUGAACUAAGUAAACAAUUCGGGUUGGCAUUUAUUCAUGCUCAUGGAAAAUUAUAUACCAAAAUUGGUAUGGAAACAUUUCCAGAAGUGGCUUCAUUAACUCUUCAAGCUUUAUCUGGUCUGUUAGCACAAAAACCAUGUCCUUUAUCAACUGAACGUUUAUGUCAAUUAUUUGUUGUAAAUAUGUUCAAUGUAGAUCGUGCUGCAUCUAUGACAAAUCAAACAAAUACAAUAAGUAAUUCUGUAAAAAAUCGAAUAAAUGAAUCUAAAAUUAAUGUUAAUAAUAAUGAUAAUAAAAUAUCUUUAAAUAUAAACAUGGAUAAUUUUAUUUCAUCUUCACGUCUUAAUGAAAUUGAAGCAUUACGUUCUGUUCAUCAUGAUCAUGCUGCACGUUUUGCAUUGGAUACAUUUAGUUUAGUAUGUAGAAGAGCAGCACAAUUACUUCAAGAGACUCCCCCUAUGGAUGCUAGUCCAGGUUGGUUAUCACCAGAUGCACGAAUUCUUCUUUCCGCAUUAUGCCUAUGGACUGAAUGGAUGAUUUUACAUCCUGAACAUUGGUUACCACCACCAAAUCAUCGUGAUCCUACACUUCGACCACAUUUAGAUGAUUGGUUACUUGUUGCUAAACUAUGCACUGAAGCAGCUAGUUGGCUUGCACGUUUAUCUGUUAGACCAAAAUAUGAAGAGAUUACACCAACAACAUCUCUUGUACUUCGAUUAAAAGGUGAACUUAACUAUGAUGAAAAAUUAGAUGAUGAUUCAGAUAAAUCCUCUACUUUAUAUCAUAUCUUUGAAGAUGGCAACUUGUAUAAAGCUGCUUUUCUUUCUGAAGAAGUAUUUGUUGCAGGAUUCAAGCCUAUGCUUGAUUUAACGCCUAAAAUAUAUUAUUACACAGGUGACUGGGAUCCAGAAACUGUAGCAGAUUUUGUUCGAAUAGAGAAAUUAGUUUUAUUUGGUGAUUAUUUAUGUGGAAUUGAAACGCCUGUAUUAAGCUAUAAUAUUGACCGAGCGGUUUAUGAAUCUGUUAUACAACGUGAAUCCUCUGAACGUCUUCAAGAUAAACGUGAUGUUAAAGCAAAUAUUAUACAGAAUACUUCAGAUAUCAGUUUCGAAAAUGAAGAGAAACGUCAGUUGGAGUUAAUGUCUGUAUUGAGUGAUAACAAAAAUCUCUCAUCAAAUGAUUGUACAAUAGAGUCUAAUUCUGUCUUAACGGAUAUCGCAGCUUUACAACGACAAAGAGCUUUCCUUCAAAAGCAACUAGAUGAAGAAGCCCGUCUAGACGCAUGGCGUCGUAAUGCUAUUAGACAAGCAGCAUCUGGUGGACAAAGAGCUGUUGAGAUUGAAGUUAGACCAAUUUAUUUAUUACCGGAUACAAAUUGUUAUAUUGAUUGGUUAGAAGGUAUUGCUACAUUAGCUCAAAAAUCUUCAAAUUACACUGUACUGGUUCCUAUUGUCGUUGUCAAUGAAUUAGAUACUUUAAGUCGUUUUGGCAGUAGUAGUUCCGGUGGCGGUGGAAUUGAUCGUCCAUAUGAAACAGCUGUUGGCGGUGAAGUAACACGUGCUGGUUUGAUACAAGAACGUGCAAAACUUGCAAUCAACUAUUUAGAAUAUCAAUUUGAUCAUCGAAACUCUCGUUUACGUGCAUUAACAGCACGUGGUAGUUUAAUGGAGACUAUUGCUUAUCGAAAUGAAAUUAAUGGUGGUCGAACACCUGGUCAAACAAAUGAUGAUGUAAUUCUAACGUGUUGUCAACAUUUUUGUAAAGAAGACUCAGAUCGUUUUCAAUUAAGAAAUCUUACUCAAGGUGUUGAUCAAUCUAUGCAGGGUGAUCAAAAUAAUCAACCAAUGCGACUUGUUCGUGAAGUAGUUCUCUUAACUUCUGAUCGUAAUUUACGUCUCAAAGCAUUGAAUGUUAAUAUUCCAGCACGACCUUUAAGAACAUUUGUCAAUUGGUCUCGAUUACCUUUAGUAAAAAUAAAUUUAUCUAAUGAAACAUUAUCUGAUACAACAAUUAUGAAUUCAUUUGAUAAGCAUAAAUUAUCAUCAGUGAAUCAGUCAACUAAACCACAACCUCGUGGUCAAUGGAAGCAACCAUUAAAAUAUAAUUAAUUCAGACUGAAAUAUUUUUAGUUGUUUUUUUCCAUCCAUCCAUCGAUCCACCCACCACCCCUUUUUGAAAUAUUUCAUCCAACAUAUAGUUUACUCAUAUAAAUUUACUCAUUUCUUUUACAAUAUCUUUGUAAAGAAUAAUAAAGUAUGAAUAAAGCAUUUCAUUUAAUUAAAAGCUAUUCACAUUCAUUUACACAUAUACGUGACAAGUAUCUAUGUUUUACUAUUGUCUAUGAAUUCUUUUUUACUUAUAUUCUCACAUACAUUGUUGUUACCAUGGUUACUGAGAAACUGUAAAUUAUUUUGUAACAUUGGGUUCUUUUGUUUUUCUUCUUAUGUAAUUGUUUAUUUCUCUUAGUCAUUUAUCCUCUUGUUUAUUAAUAUUUGUAUAGAGGUGGUUUAGUUUGUCUUUUUCUGAAAUUAUUUAUAUUCUCUCUUUUUUUUCCUCUUUUUGUUCCUUAGGUUCUAUAAAAUUGUUGAACUAUACUACUUAUUAAUUUGCUACUUACUACUUACAAAACUUAGUAAUGAAAUAUACAUAUAUUUAUAUAUACAGUAUUUAUAGUAAAAGUUUGUUUUUAUUGAAAUAUAUUUCCAUUUGCAUGUUCAGGUAGUUUUUCUGUGUGUGUGUGAGAGAGAGAGUGUGUGUAUAUAUGUACUUGGUAACUUUCAUGUUGAUGGUAUCUUGUUUUCGAUCCGUAAAAUUUAGUUACUUUAUCGUAUGUAUGAUUAAUCAUAGUGAUAAUUACGUGACUUUAACAAAUGAAAAUUCAAUCACUCAUGAAUCUAUACUGGUGUGCAUUCUGUAAUUACUUUCAAAAUAUAUGUAUAAUCAGUGAUAUGUUUUGUGCCAAGUGAUAUUUCAUCUUUUUUCUCUGUAAACAAUCAAUUCUAACACUGAGUACUCAACCAUUGGUAAACAAAGAAGUGUAAUGCUGUUUUUGUUCAAUAGGAUUAUCAUUUGAAAUUUAUUUUGUUUUAAUAUGAAAGUAUUUGAACAAACUCUUAUCAAGAAACCUCUGCAAACUCAUGACAACAUAUGCCAUGAAAUUAUAAUGCUGUGUUAAUGUUUUGAUAAUCAAUAAACGUCUAG